UGUGACCCAUUGCGCUGCUAAAUUUGUGAUAAUUUCCCCUCCUUUCUGUACAACACACUAGUAUAUAGUAGUGGAGAGUUCCUCCUCGCCAAAACUCAUGACGCUCAAUGGGAGACGCGCAUGGGAGUCUUGAGAGAAGGAAAAUCCUCGUCAGUCUGGUGUGUGACUUUUUGCUAAAAGCACCUCGCGAAAAGCUCUCAAACACGUCCGCCUGGAGCUUCUGCGUUCACCCUCAUUGCCUAUAUAUUUUGUGAGGGUGGGUGCUUCAAAAAAAAAAAAAGUGCGUCGCAUCUUGUCACUCUGGUGCCACAUUCGCUGCCUCUCGCGGGGAUUUUUCAUGCCAUUUUCAUUACUCCCUUUGCGUGUGUGUUAAUUUUUCACCGACCCAGAGUGAUUCUAAAUUUAGCACCAAAAUAAAAUCCAAUUCAUGUUUUUGCAUUGGCAACCUCACAGUGGCGCAAAGCUCGUGCAAUAAAAUGAAAGUAUGAGGACACCUAGCUCGAGAUGGGAUACCAGACAACUGUGUCACUCAACUCCCCAUUAGUCCACUGGAAUUCUGACCUUUUUAUCCGCCGUGAUUUGCGCAGCCUCCAUUCUGAGAGAUGCGGGCGCAUGCGACUCUGUGCUGCCAUUGUAAUCUUCUUCGUGCUCAUCUACUCCUCCUACCAUCUCGGCUCAUCUCCAGAUCCUCAGAUGAUUGUGCACAUUCCACCAGAUGACAACAUAUCUGGCCUUCAAGCUCAAAGUGUUGAUGUCUUAUCCCUCCAUCGAGAUCCUAAUUCCUCCCCAUCUCAUUUGCAAUCAGUUCCCACGGGAUAUCUGGUGUAUGGACCUGGAUGCCAUAUGCCGGAUCUCAAUCCCCUCGCGGCGGACGUCAUGAAGUUGUAUCAUCGGGAAAAGGAACAAGAAUGCUCAACAAAAGCCCCAUUGACGCGUAUUAAAUUCAUCAAUGAUGGCAAGGAUGCACGUUUGGUGCUUGAUGCUGAUCUCCUGCACAAGUACGAUAUGUACGGUACCCCACAUUGCUGCUACCGCGAAAUUAGACGUUCCUCCAAAGAUGAUCAUGCGGACUCCACAAUUGUUCUGUCCAACUGCACACACUUUCAGUAUGCAGUUAGUUUGCCGCAGGACAGUGAAUUCAUCUACGUGAAUUGUAGCUCCAAGAGCGGAAAGGAAAAGUAUCGGAAUGUUCACUAUGUGAUGCGAGAGAAAAAAAUUAUUAAUGAUCGUUUUGAGAGGUUCAAAGUCAAGUUCACAAAGAAGCGUCCCCUGAGUGUUCUCAUGAUGGGUAUUGAUAGCAUUUCCAGGCUCAAUCUCAUACGAGCCAUGCCAAAUACAGCUCAACACAUCUACAACUCUGGAUGGUUCGAACUUAAGGGGUACAACAAGAUUGACGAUAAUACAUAUCCGAACCUCAUGGCAAUUCUAACUGGAUUCAACUCAUCACUCUCAUACAGUGUCUGCAAUCCCGUACAAGUUGGCAAAUUGGAUGCCUGCCCAAUGGUUUGGUAUUCAUACAGAGAAUCAGGCUACGUGACUGCCUAUGCGGAGGAUGAGGCAGAAAUAAGUACAUUCAAUUUCAAUAAGAAGGGAUUUCGUCAUCCACCCACAGACUACUACCUGCGACCAUUAAUGCUUGCUGCUGAGAAGCAUCUCCCCGUGAAGUACAAGAGUUCCCUCAAGUUCUGCCUUGGCUACCAACAUUCCGCCGACUACAUCUACAACUACGCCCUGGACUUUGCUGAGUUGUAUCGCGACAAGGCAUUCUUCGGGCUUUUCUGGGCAAACACAUUUAGUCACAACGACAUCAGUGAUCCCUCGAGUAUGGAUCAUAAGAUUAAAUCCUACCUGACUCAGCUGGAGAGCCGUGGAAUUCUCAAUACGAGUGCUGUGAUCCUUUUUUCGGAUCAUGGAUUGCGAUUUGGGCCAGUACGGAAACUCGUUACAGGUUGGCUUGAGGAGAGACUCCCAUUUAUCUUUAUUUGGCUACCAAAGUGGUUUCAGGAGGAAAAUCCCGGAAUUGUGCAGACACUGAAGGUCAACAGGAAUCGACUCACAAAUCCUUACGAUCUCCACGUAACACUGCAUCAUAUUUUGGCACUUACAGCUCUCCCUGAGGAGGAUCACAUCACAUCGGCCAUUUUACCUCAAGCUCCAAGCUGCCCAUCUUGCCAGAGUAUCUUUGACGAAGUUCCUUGGAAUCGAUCGUGUGCUGAUUCAGCCAUUGAGGCACACUGGUGCACAUGCACCCCCUACAACAGCACAAGCCGCAGCUCCCCAAUUGUCAAGGCGGCUGUAAAGUUCAUCAUCACCUUCAUUAAGGGGGAACUUGAUGCGUACAUGAAUGUAACGGCGGGAACUGCUCACAAGCUCUGUGCGGAUCUUCAUCUCAAGCGAAUUGCCAUGGCCAGAAAAGCUGAAUAUCGCGACACGGCUAAUCCGCACGAUGACUACUUGUUGGUGUUCGAGACAAAUCCCGGUGGGGGUGAAUUUGAGUCCACAGUGUCAUAUUCCCUGGCUGAGAAGACAUUCCAAAUGACAGGCUCCGUGAGUCGUCUCAACAGCUACGCAAGCCAGAGUGGCUGUAUGCCAAAGAGUUACCUGAAGAAGUUUUGCUUCUGCCACAAGACGCCCAACUGAGUUGGAGCAGGUGCCAUGAACAAAGGGAGUGCUUUUUUUCCACUGACAAUAACUCCAAAAGGUGAGUCUCUCAACUCUUUUCCUCCCAAAAAUUCCGUAAAAGAAGGACAACUCUUGGAAAAAAAUUGAAUUUGAAAAUUGAGAGGAUAUAGAGAAGAAUGUGGAUGAAAGGAUACCUAUAUAUUUGAACUCAUAACAUAUUUUUCAAUGAACUGUGAUUCCUAGGAACGUAGUUUCUAACAUUUUGUCGGUCCACACAGACACCAUCAGAAAGGUAGGGUCAUUCCCCAAAAAAAAUCUUUUUAAUGAUUUUUUCUUAAGCACAAAUAUUUUAAAAACGUUAAAAAAUUAGACAUUUUUCACAAUUGAUUUUAUUAGAGUAAAUUAAAAGUUAUAGCCGUCUCGCUUUUACAAUAUAACAAAGAAAAUAAAUAUUUUAUAAUAAAUCUUAGACUUGAAUUGAGGUAAAAAAAAGUCAAAUAAAAUAUUCCUAAAAAUGAUUGUAGUGUAGUAAAUGUAGCUUUAGAGAAAGAUUAACUUAUUCUGAGCGUUCUGAGCAAGCAAAAACAUUAUAAAAAGAAUUAAUAAUUGAAAAUUAGGGAAUAUUUUAUAUAGAAAAAAUCAGUUUGAAAAUUUAUUUUUUGAUUAAUCCCAUUUAAAUGAGCAUUUAUGUAAAUUAGAAGGGAUACGAUAUGUAGUAAUCAAAUGACCAAUAUUUUUAGGCCUGUAGCCUAUAUUAAAAAUCGCUAUUUAGGAAUUUUAAAUAAUUAAAAAAAGACCCUUUUCUCAGAUAUUUUUCUUUCCAUAUCCUUUUAAAUAUUUUUUUUCAAUUAAACUUUAAGAUCAAACUUAUAGGAGUUGCUAAACUAAAGUAAGAUAUAUUAAAAGAAAUAUUUAAUAAAUCAUAAAAAAGAAUAUAAAAAUUAGAUAAAUAUCUAUUCCGUAGAAAGAAAUCAUGCUUUAGUCAAAUCAAAUUUAACAGCAAUAAUACAAAAUUUGAGAAAGGAGAGUCAAAAAAAUUCAGGCUCGUGAAAAGAGGGACGAAAAACCGAAAGUUAAACCAAAAAUAAAAAAUAAAACAGAAGGUGCUAGAAGGUUGAACAAAUCAAAAUUUAAUAUUGGUCAAAAAAAUUUUAUUUAAUUCAUCACUGUACCUACCAUUGUGAUUGUGUCUGUGCAAUGGAACAUUCAAGGGAAGAAAAAUCACUUUAUUUUUGAACAUUUGUGAAGAAGAAAAUGUCUUAAGAAUGAAAUACGUGAGGUUUUCCUCACACAUGGAAUGAAACAUUAUAUGGGGAGGGAAAAUCUUUUCAGAGGAAAUUCUUGUGCCAAAAAAACAGAUGAAAUAUAUCUCUUUCAAAGAAAAAUAAAGAAAGAAUCUCUGAGGAGAAGUUAAUAUAAAAAAAGUUUGCUAAAAAGAUAAAAGAAAAAUAGCAAAAAAAAAAGAAUUAAAUGCUCCGCAAAAAAACUUGCGGAGAGGCUUUUAAAUUAAGAUGUCCCAGACACAAUGUUAUCACAUAAAUUAUUCACAAUUUUUACAUAUUCCCAGAACAUUUUUUCUGACAAUUUUAAGAAAUUCUUCUUUUAAACGAAUCUGUUUGAUUUUCGUAAGAAUAAGAAUUUAAUCCUUUUUUUAAGAACUCAAAAUUAACAAAAAUAUUCAAUAUUUGUGUGAUCUGGAACAUCUUGAAAUUCUAUCAUUUCUCUCUUUGCGGAGAACUUGAAUGCAAAGAAAAAAGAUUAAUUGAGGUGUGUUGAGAAGUUGGUGUAUUACAUUGAAGAAGAACUGAUAGCGACUCAAAUCUUAUGUGCUGUAGCCAAUACUCAUGUCAUUUUAUUGAGUUGUAUAAAAUAAAAGACAGUUCCAUGGA